AUGGAGGACACCGUUGUUUUGUACCCAUCACCAGGACAUUUAUCCUCCAUGUUGGAGCUAGGCAAACUCAUAGUCAAACACCAUCCUUCAGUCUCAGUUACUUGCAUAAUGUCCAACCCUUCUACUGAAAUUGUCUCUGCCAACCCCUCCAUUACCUUCAUUCCCCUUCCCAAACUUUCUCUUCCAACUCCUAUCACUUCGUUUUUAGAUUUAGUAGCCUCAUUCUUUGAAAUCCCAAAUCUCAACAACCCAAACCUCUACCAAACCCUCUUAAAUGUUUCUAAAUCCUCCAAUAUAAAAGCUUUAGUUAUAGAUUUCUUUUGCAACCCUGCUUUCGAGUUUCUGUCCUCUAGGCUCGACAUCCCCAUUUACUAUUUCAACUCUUCUGGUGCAUGUGGCUUCUCAAUUUUUCUUUACUUGCCUACACUUGAUAAAAACAUCUCAAAGAGCCUGAAAGAUCUUGACAUCGUUGUUGACGUUCCUGGUGUGCCAAAAGUUCCAUCAAAAGAUAUGCCACCGGUUCUUUGUGAUCGAUCUCAUAGAGUUUAUCAGUACUUCGUUGACACGGGCAAGAACAUGUUUAAGUCUGCAGGAGUUAUUAUAAACACAUUCGAGUUACUAGAGCCAAACGCAGUUAAGGCAUUACAAGAAAGAAAUUGCAGCCUAAAUGAGCCAACACCACCAGUGUAUUUUGUUGGCCCACUUGCAAUCACUGGUGAAAGCAAAAAAGAACACGAGUGUCUAACUUGGCUUGACUCGCAACCAAGUAGCAGUGUUUUAUAUCUUUGUUUCGGUAGUAUGGGAGUCUUUAGUUCAAUUCAGUUAAAGGAAAUGGCUAUUGGGUUAGAGAAAAGUGGGGUUAGGUUCUUGUGGGCAGUGCGUGCUCCAAAACUAGAUGGGCCAACCCAAGCUGGUAAGACAAAUACAAGAAGUACUGAACCGUGUUUGGAGUCAAUAUUUCCAGAAGGAUUCUUGGAUGGAACCAAGGACAGGGGAUUUAUUGUGAAGUCAUGGGCACCACAGCUUGCAAUACUAAACCAUGGCUCGGUUGGUGGGUUUGUGACUCACUGUGGAUGGAAGUCAAUUCUUGAAGCUGUGUGUGCAGGGGUGCCAAUGUUGGGUUGGCCUCUAUAUGCAGAGCAGAAGAUGAAUAGAGUUUUCUUGGUUGAAGAAAUGAAGGCGGGUCUAGGAGUGAGAGCAGAUAAAGACGAUUUUGUCAGUGCGGGUGAGUUCGAGGAGCGUGUGGUUGAGUUGAUGAACGCAAAGAAAGGUGAAGCUGUUCGAGAACGAGUUAUGGCUUUAAAAGAGGCUGCGGUGGUAGCAAAGAGUGAAGGAGGUUCUACUUUUGUUGCCAUGGAUAAGUUGGUGGAUUCAUUCAAGUAA